GCUCAAUCAGAACCAUAUCUUGCGUUGAUUUUUUGUCGUACAAGCGACAUUCAAAGUAUCUUCCUCGCAUGUAACCAAUAUGACAUCUCCAACGCCGUCGCAGGGCGUAGGCCCUGAGGACGAAAUGGCUUUGGAAAAGAAUGCUGGCCUAAUUAUGGGCACCAACAGCAGCAGUAUUGUAUCAAAGAGGAGUGUCGAGAGGCUGUAUCUGCCCCAGCCCCAUUUCUAUCGCUAUUUCGUCAAGAAGCCCCAAAGACGAGCCCCGACCAUUAAUCGUGGGUAUUGGCUUCGAAUGAGAGCCAUUGACUGGGUGGUCAGACAGUUCUUAGAGAAACCCUCUGACCAGAAGAAAGUCAUAAUCAAUCUGGGCUGUGGCUAGUGAUGACCCUAUUCCCUUCCAAUGGAUGGCCCAAGACAAAGAACUUUGCGAACACACAAAGUUCAUUGAUAUCGACUUCGAAGAACUCAUGCUCACCAAGCGAGAAAUCAUCUUAAACACGCCCAAGAUGAAGGAACUUCUUACUCUUUCGACAGAAUCACCCUCGGAGAAAGGCGUCAUUCUCGACAGUGAAGAAUACACUGCGCUUGGGUGUGAUCUCCGGAAUCUGCGACGCCUCAAGCGACUGGUCAACGCUGUUGUUGACAUUGAGGAUUGUCUCGUGCUCUGCAUUGCAGAGGUCAGCAUCACUUACAUGGCGCCUGAAGAUUCGGAUGCACUCAUUGCUUGGACCACCACUUUAUCGUCCGACGUGACCUUCUGCUUGCUGGAGCAGCAAUCUCCAGAUCGACCGGACAAUCCGUUCACGGCAGCCAUGUUGAAACACUUUGCCAAGCUCGGCACCCCUCUUCGAUCCGUGCUCAAAUACCCAGACAAUCAUACUCAGACAUUGCGGUUCCAGGAUGCAGGAUUCCCGCUUGUUGAGAUACAGAGUCUGUGGGAGCUCUGGGCCGAUCCAAGAUUUUUAUCUCCGUCCCAAAGGAUGUCUUUGGACGAGGUAGAGCCCUUUGACGAAUGGGAGGAAUUUGCCCUGUUCGCUUCACAUUACUGUCUUAUAGUGGCUCAAACGGGGCCAGACCCAUUGAUACCGGAAGAGCCCAGGUCUAGGAGAGCCUCCGUGGACAGCUUCACUUCUGAUCUUUCUACGAGAACCGUGUCUCCUUACACUGGACAGACGCAAUGGUUUGCAUACAAAUUCUCACGAAAUCCGGAUAAGGAAGGAAGAACCCACCACGCAUCGGCAUUUUCAAUCCCAGGUCAGGACGCGAUUGGCGUUCAUGGAGGCAUAGGACCGCAAGGUCGACUGUCCACCACGUCUGUAUACGCAUCUGCCGAGUCUAAUAUGCCUUUCCCCGUACUCCCACCACAGGAGAUUGGAGCCCGAUGUUGUCAUACGGUCACGUCUCUCGACAAUGGACAGAAUGUCCUGGUAGGUGGAAGAGGCUCACCUUCUGCACCACUGAAAGACUGCUGGCUACAGACAGGCUCCAAGUGGGAAAGAAUCCAGGACCUCCCUGAACCACGGUUUCGACACCGCGCCGCCGGGGUCGUUCUGCCAGAUAACCAGUAUGGUGUUGUGGUCUUUGGAGGCAAGACAUCAGCAACCAAGGUUGCGCUGGACUGUCUUCUAUGGGAUCCCAAGAACGGGUGGCAGAAACUCCGGUCACUGCUUGGAGAUCCAAUGCCACGAUUCGGCGCCAGCUUCGUCAGACUCGGCUUCAACCACGGUCUGCUCUUCGGCGGCAUGCGGCAAGAUGGAGUGAUCUGCCAGGGGCUCUGGAGGUGGAGGUUGAUCAUCCGAGACAACGUCGUUGCGGGUAUCAGGUUCAAGGCCUCCACGGCUCUGGAUGCGUCAGCCGGUAUUUUUCCCUGGUUGGCUCGGCUUGGGGCCUCAUACAGUGUGAUUAGGAAUGAGUUGCUCGUCAUCGGCGGAGUGGCCAAGCACGGCUGCAUUCCCAAGGACUACGAGAUUCUGUCUAUUCUCGGCAGUUUCUCCGCGUUCGGCGUGUUGGAGAAGGAAAUGGAACUGCGUGUUGCGUGUGUUCUUCCAAAACUCCAACCUGACGUUCCUCGACCUUUUCUGGUUGGGCAUGCCACACACCGCACGAGUUACGAGACCACUCUCCUCGUCGGCGGAGGAGCUACAUGCUUCAGCUUUGGCGCUUAUUGGAAUCCCGGCUGUUGGCUAUUAUACGACCGUGAAGCGGGUGUGAGUUCACACUGGGCACUUGUGAAGCCCAGUCCGCCUGGCAAUCCAGAUUCAUCCUCUCCGCCGGCCUUCGGCAAUAGUACGUCUAAGGAUGGACAGGCCAUAUUGCACCCGCCGGUCAUGGUGGAACGGACGAAAGUCUCCAGCGAGCAGGAUUUUGCACACAUCCGCCGCGAGGGUAUACCGAAACUGUUGACAUCUCUCGACCUGGGACCUUGCAUAUCGCUAUGGACGCCGUCAUAUCUCUUGUCGAAGGUCCCCUCUUCGAAAUCGAUCGUCAUACACUCAGCACCUGGCCGGACUAUGAACUUCCAGCGCAAGGACUUUGCCUACAAGACCCUCGGCUUUCACGACUUCAUCACCGCCAUCACCACCGAUCCAGACUCACACAUGUAUCUGCGCUCCAUCUCCAGCACCAACCCGACACAGCUGCCGGCAGAUUUUUGGAAAGACUGGCCCGAGUUGGCCAAGGACUUUGCUCUUCCUACCCCGCUCAAGAGUUUCAUCAAGCAAACCCAGCACAGCAGCCCCCUGCGCAUCAGCUCCAACGUCAAUAUGUGGCUACACUACGACGUCAUGGCCAACGUGUUGUUUCAGAUUCGAGGUACGCGGAAACUCGUCCUCUUUCCUCCAGAAGACCUGAAACAUCUAUCUUUUCCGCCGGGCUCGACGACAUCUACCAUUGAUAUUUUCGAACCAUACAAGUCUGUCAAGGAGACCGCAACAGCAACUGAUGACAACAACAGCAAUAUCGGUGGCGAUGAGGGCAGAAAUUCAAACUCACAAUCACAAUCUCAGCCAUCGGGGGCAGAAGAACAACAGAAACACGCGUACCCACAUGAACACGAAAAUGAACAUGAGCAUGGAGCAACAGAUACCCUCAAACCCAUACCAAACACACAUCCUCACAUUGCCAUUCUCCGGCCUGGGGAAGCGUUAUACAUCCCACCGCUGUGGGCACAUGCAGCCACUCCCAUCAUGCCUCGUGCAGCACAUCAAGUUGGCAGCAGUGACCAACAUCACGACCACCGAUCUGCGAACUGUAACAACACUAACAGCACCAACGAUAAUAAUAAUAAUAAUACCAACAGUGACGGUGGCGACCACAGGGCCGAACUCAACUCCAGCCCCAGUUCCAGUCCCGAAACCGGUUCUAUCAACAUCUCACUCAACAUCUUUUUCCGCUCCCUUCCAGCCACCCGCUACGCCGCCGGCCGCGACGUCUACGGCAACCGCGACCUAGCUGCCUACGAAGACGGUCGGCGUGAUAUUGACAGGAUCGUCAGGCGGUUCUUGGCUUCUGCUCCUCAUCCUACUUCCCAGCCGAAUGCAAAUGCAAACACAAACGCUCAGUUCAACACCGAUACUACUACUGACCCAGAAACGACCACUGGUAAAGAUGUCGAGAUUGAUGUCGACGUCGACAUUCCAAAGGCCAUCACAAAAGCCUAUCUUGAGCGCUUGGCCGAUGAAUUGAGAGAGCGGGCGGAAAACUUGUAAUCUUCUCUUGUCCUUCAUUGCAAAGAAUCAAAGACUUGGCUUCGGUGUUGGGCAGAUCUUGGAAAGUCAAGAGUAGAAAUAAAGAUUUGUUUUUGGAUAUUCGGCACGAUGGGCCAUGAUGCUGCCACCGGUAUAUAGCAGCUACAGUACCUUAGAUAUCUACUUCACCUACUAGUACCUAAGUGCCCGUUCAAGGUCCUAGUAGUAGAUGCUUUUGAGUAAAUGGAAACGUAACCUUGAAGUAUUAUUGGAUAAAAUGAGAUUCGGAAAGACUUUAUUUCUUUACUACUACCUUACCUAGGUAGCCAAACUCAAAUGACUUACGGGUACUCCAAAAGUUCUGACUACUGUGCCCAACCUAAACCGACUCGUACUCUUCUUCCUACCUACUCCUACUAAACAGAGGGAACUACCCACCUACCUAGGUCCCUAGUUUCGGUACCUACCUGGUAAGGAUCAUAGAACGCAGUCAAGCGAGUCAGACAGGCAAACUACACAGUGGUGGAUUCUUUCUGUGGGCGGGCAGUGGUGCCACUGUGAUGCUUGGUGCUAUUUUUUUGUAUCCUUUUUCAUUGAACAUCACCACGAUUAUAACAUCCUGUCACGGUGUAGGCACCAACCAGUACAUACUACGCAGUACUCCCAUGACCUGAAGAGUACCUGACCUACCUUACAUUCAAAUUAAUGACAUCCAAUCCCGCCUCACGGUACUGUGGCUGCUGCCUGCGAGUAUCGCCUUCUACUGCUCUACAGUCUACAGUAAUACACUGGCAGCCCGCAGUAUAUGCUCCGGACAAUCAGGACCUUCCCAGACACAAUUUGAACAGGACAUACGCGGUGGUAAACCAUGUGUCAUUUUUUAUCCCAUCACCCACCACCAAAUCUCCAAUUCCCAUCUCUUCAAGAGGAUAACCCAAUAUCUUUGAGAAAAAGCUCGAGGAUAAAGCUGCUCGGCAUACUGGCACAAGGCUCGAAGAAAAACCACAAAUCGGCAAAAGAAGGAUUACCGCUCGCUGCCCAUUGCCCUGAUUUCUUUCCCGGUUCAGAUCCUUUGUUCCUUGGCCCCCAAUAUUCAUCAUAACAUCAUAUUUCAAAAACCUCAUACACGAUCCAUGUCAUCAACGGGCUUCAAAAUCAAACAGAAACAUCAAACAUCAACAAAAGUGCUCGCUCAUCAUGAAAACAUCAUCUGCAACGGCAAUGCCCGUCAAGUUCGGCACUGCAGUGCGUGCCUUGACGGCUGCCUGACUCCAAUGCCAGGUCAAGCCAAACUGAUCCAGGCCCAUUGAGCCGAACGCUUUGGGCCCCGGGUUCCAUUCAAUUCCUGGCAUAGGGUCUGUUCAUCGCCGCGAUCUCUCGGGCCACUGUAGCCCAGUCGAGCUCUCUCUUCACUGGUUCACCCCGCUUCUCUUGCUGUUGUUCAUCCCACUUCAUCAGUUCAUACACAAACUUCAGAUGUGGUUGGAUGAUGACAUUGAGACGACGGGCGCGCACGAAGCAGCUUCAAUCAUUGACUUAGUCGAUGGGCUUUCUUCCUUUAUAAGCGGAACACUUACUAUGCUCUUGGAAAGCUCAAUCCUAAGCGAGCCAUGACCUCUGCAAUACAAAUGGUGGCAGAUCUACUGACUCCCACCCGACAGUGCACCAGGGUCGCGGUACCAUCGGAACGACCUCUUUCUGGACGACAUGUAAGUGUUCUGCAAAAUGUUUCGCAGUGACCGAUUCUUGACUUACCGAUAAACUCCAAACACCUCUCCAUUUCAAGUGUAAGUUCAUCAAUACCAUUGUCCUGCACGCGAUCCACCAUAAACAAAUUUUCUCGACCCCAGGCUUGCAUUUCGGCCUCUGACCAGGACACCGGCUCCCCAACACUAAGAAUGCGCCGAAUCCCCAACAAUCGAAGCAUUUCCGGGUUGUUUGCAUGGUUGAGAUUUCCCAAAUACAUAUACGGCAGGAUGCGACUGGGGAGGCUGCCAUCAAACUUGGUCAACCAAGCCGGCGCCGUGAUUGGAGGAGGUUUUGCAUCAACAAACUUUGGGCUUUCCCGCAACAGCCGUUCUUGGAUGGUGCUUAACAGAGCUACGUCGGAAGGAUAGGCGAAGAAGUUACGCUUCUUUUCACAAUGCAGCCGGAUCCAAGCCUCAUGAACCGGAACGCCUUCGACAUACAUAAAGUACGCCACCGCCAACAUGGAGGUCUCAGUAUAUCCGUCUGCACAAUGCAGUAAGACGCGACGGGGACGGGGCGUCAAUUCGGUCAUCUGAAUGUCCCCAUCCUUGUGCUUGGCGUCAUCAACUGGCUCUUUGGUAUGGAUCAACUUGUACAGCCAUCGACACAUGCGCAGAAUUCCCGUCACCUCAGCUUGGGACCAAGCGGCCGGCAUGAUACUGCCGGAGCUCGGAAACGCGAGAUGGACAGGAUCAUCGUCGUCACGAGUUUCGAGUUGCUUCAGUUUUGCAGCCAAGGCUUUGUCGUCUGGCAUGGAUGCGUGAUCACUGGCCUCGAUGUAAAGGUCAUAGGUCGGAUCAUCUAUGGUUGAUGGUGGUUCGGUAUAUGGGCCAGGCGUCGGUCCUUGGAACACACCUGGAGAGAUCUCGGAAGCCUUGGACAUGGCAGACAUCUCUCGUCUUUCUUGUUGCACAAAGUCCAGGGUAGAGUCGGUGUACUUGCCCCGAGAGUCGAUGGCCACUAACUCUGGAUGGGCUUGUUCCACGUCUUCAAAAGGUUGUGUGAGCACGAAGGUAUGGUAAGUCUCGGCGGACUGUCCCAUAUUCUCCAAUUCUUUCCGCCAUCUCUUUUGCACAGACGCGGUUCGCUCAGCAACAGACUUGAUAAUACGACCAUCUGUGUCCUCGUCGCCGUAGAUGACGAUGUCGGACACCAAAGCCAUCUUGGCCGCCUGAAUGUGGAAGUUGCGGACGGAGAAGCCCUCUCGCGGGUCACAAUCCAAAAAGCCGUGACCAUUACCGUCGGACAGAUUGAGAAUCUCAUCGGGCGCAACGGCGCCCUUGAUCCGCGACCGCGUCAGGUCUCCACCAGCUUUUAUAAUGGUUAUACCUCGCAAGCAUUUUGGGAUCUUUCGCAACGAUCUCUUUCUUGCCACGAAAAAGGCCAGCUGGAUGUGAUUUUCCGGAUGCAGCCCAUGGAGCCACGGGAACACCGAAGAUGGGUUUGGAAGGGGCUGUGAAGAAUAGUGUUCAAGCGCUUCUGCCAGUCCUUUGGCAUUGAUGCCGUAGAUGGGCGGAGAAUUGCAUAGCUUUGGAUAGUUGUGGGGAGGAUGGAGGAGAGUGGUCGGUUUCGACGCAACCUGUCUCAGUGGAGGCGAAUUGGGCGGAGUGAUUUGCGACUGGGCGGGAACUGGUCCAGGAGGACAGUAUGGCAAGUGUUUGUUAGGCACUUGGGAGGAAGAGCGAGGUUGAUUCAAUGUAACAGAAGGGCCGAGAGGUGGAGGGGUCGACUGUCGAACGGGGGUUUGUUGCUGAAGGACAACAGUGGCCAUCCUUCUGCGGUAUCAGUAUGGACAAGGAGUAAUUGUUUAUCCACUAUCACCACUAUGUCUCAGCGGCUCAUCCUGGGUCGAGAGGAGUCCUAGCCAGACGUGCUCAGCCGUCGGCGUACGGGAAGGAGUCCUCUUUGAACAACGAGAGGCGAGCCUCGAGCGUGUCAAUGGACGAGGUGAGGGGUCGUCGCAAACAAAGAAAGACUCAGGAUGGAAUUGUAGCCUCCGGAAUGUGCACAAAAUGUCUUGAACCGCCACGGUAUAGAAAAUAUUUGGGACAAUUCACAAAGUAUGGCUUCGCGCAAGAAGUCCUGCCGCUGCUGUUUGUCGGUGGUCACGAGCAAUUGAACGGUAGUAGAC